CAUUUACUCAAAAAUUUACCGUAAAUAAGUAUUCGUAAAGCAAUUGUACUCCAAAAAUGAAGUCCUACCUGGCGUUAACUUGUGGCGUCCUUCUUGUUGGAGCGCUAUGUGCCGUCCUAGCUGCACCAUCUUCAGAAUCAUCAGAUUCGUCUGCAUCGUCCUCAUCUUCGUCCUCAUCUUCGAGCCAAGAAGAACCAGUACUUACCUUCCCUCAAUAUUCCGCAGAUCCUUCCAGCCUAUUAGAGGACUUGCCGGAUGACUUAAGUGCGGACUUAGGUCUUGACGAGGGUGAUGAAGAUGGUUCUGGCCGACCACAAGGACGUACGCUGUUCUUGCUUUUACGUCUGUUGCAGCUGCUCUCUCAAAGUAACUCUACCCUUUUGGGUUGAGAUGUGUAAAAUUUGCGCAUGUUUUCUCAUGGAACACUGCUGCCACAAUUUAUUUUUCUUAAAAUUUCAAAUCGGGCUCCAUUUAUUAAAACGUUAAUUUGUAAAAUCAUAAAAAAGUAUGCAAAAUACAAACGAAAAUUAAAUUUUACAA